AUGCGAUCCGGUGCGGUGUUCCUGUCUCAAGCGGCAAGAAAUCGUCCUGCUGGGCAUCCGCUGGACAUCCGCUGCGGAUGUCCUGGAGAUACGCUGGACAUCCGCAUGAUAUGCGUAGCCUUCGAGAAAACUUUCCUGACAACAUCCAAGGACCGAAAGGACGACGCGACAAAGCCCACCGACGACGAUAAGGAAAUUCAUUUCCUUCCCAGUGUCCGCCCCCGCCGGAGAGCGACGACGACGCGCUCAGGAUUUUCGGAGAAGCAGCGACCGGCUGAAUUCGCAACGAUGAAGACGCUUGGAGUCGCGACGUUGUUGGUCCUGGGGACCCUCACGGCGGCGAGGGUGAUGCAGGUCGAAGACCCGAACGACGAAUUCCUCCGGCUGAAGCGGGAGGGUGAGAAUGUCGUCGAUGCCGGUGGGGCGCAGGUAUCGAGGGCUCUGGGACCUCCCCAGAGGGAGGAGACCGAAAGCACUUGCAGGCCGCCUUUCGAAUGCGUGCCCUUCUACCUCUGCGAGACGAUGAAGACGCUUGGAGUCGCGACGUUGUUGGUCCCUCUGGUCCUGGGGACCCUCACCGCGGCGAGGGUGAUGAGGCAGGUCGAAGACCCCAAAGAUGAAUUCCUCCGGCUGAAGCGGGAAGGUGAGAACGUCGAACGAUGCCGGAGUCCGUGGGGCUCUAGCAUCGAGUGCUCUGUGGCCAGUCCGGAGACAGGGAAAGCACCUGCAGGCCGCCUUUCGAAUGCGUGCCCUUCUACCUCUGCGAGGUGA